CGUACCUUGGCCACGAGAUGGCGCUACUCCUACGCCGAAAUCACAUCAGUGACAAUGGGAAGACAAGUGUUGUCCUUCCGUAUAGUAUUAUAUCGCACAUUUACGUUUCCAUGAUUUUUUUUUUGUACGUCAAUCCCUUUUAUGUUGUGAAGUAGCCUUUAAUACACGUUUGUGAUCGAGUUCAAAGUAUCUCUUUAUGUCGUCACAGCAGGGCUUUCCUCCGGCUUGGCUUCGGCUUCGCCCGGCUGCACUUCGGCAAUUUCCGGCCACCGGACUUGACUCUCCGCCCCGCAAUCAUUCCUGCGUUGUUUUGGGGACAGUAGCAAGAUGGCGGCGACCCCGCUGUACUGUGUCUGCCGGCAGCCUUACGACGUGAGCCGGUUUAUGAUCGAGUGCGACAUCUGCAAGGACUGGUUCCACGGCAGCUGCGUGCACGUGGAGGAGCACCAUGCCGCUGACAUUGACGUUUACCACUGUCCCAACUGCGACGUCCUGCACGGACCCUCCCUGAUGAAAAGACGCAACAACUGGCACCGCCACGAUUACACGGAGCCCGACGACGGAGGCAGGCCGGUGCAAGCCGGCACGCCCGUCUUCGUCAAGGAGCUGCAGAGCAGGACCUUCCCCAGCUGCGAGGAGGUGGUGAUGCGCAUGCGCGGCCAGCAGGUGACGCCCAAGUACCUGGAGCGCUCGGGCUUCCGCCACCCCAUCGCCGUCACUGAGAUGGAGGGCCUGGGCCUCAAGCUGCCGCCGCCCACCUUCGGCGUGAGAGACGUGGAGCAGUACGUGGGCGGCGACAAAGUGAUCGACGUGAUCGACGUGGCGCGGCAGGCCGACACCAAGAUGAAGCUCAGCCAGUUCAUCAAGUACUUCACCAGCCCGCACCGGCCCAAAGUGCUCAACCUCAUCAGCCUGGAGUUCUCCGACACCAAGAUGUCCAAGCUGGUGGAGGUGCCCGACGUCGCUCAGAAGAUGUCCUGGGUGGAGAACUACUGGCCAGACGACUCGUUCUUCCCCAAGCCCUUUGUGCAGAAGUACUGCCUGAUGGGCGUCAAGGACAGCUACACGGACUUCCACAUCGACUUUGGCGGCACCUCCGUGUGGUACCACGUCCUCUGGGGCGAGAAGGUCUUCUACCUGAUCAGGCCCACGCCCGCCAACCUGGCGCUGUACGAGGCCUGGAGCUCCUCGCCCAAUCAGAGCGAGGUCUUCUUCGGGGACAAAGUGGAUAAGUGCUACAAGUGCGUGGUGUCGCAGGGAACCACGCUCCUCAUCCCCACAGGCUGGAUCCACGCUGUCCUGACGUCUCAGGAUUGCAUGGCGUUCGGCGGCAACUUCCUGCACAACCUCAACAUUGGCAUGCAGCUCAGGUGCGAACACAUUGAAAUCCGGCUGGAGAAGCGCUUUUUCCUUCCCGAUGCCUUUUAUCGGUCGGCCAGGUGUUACGAAAUGGAGCGUCGUCUGAAAACGCCGGACCUCUUCAAGUUUCCCUACUUUGAGGCCAUCUGUUGGUAUGUGGCCAAGAAUCUUCUGGAAACGCUCAGAGAGCUCCGAGAAGACACGUGUCCACCUCCGACGUACCUAACGGAGGGCGUGAAGGCUUUAAUCUGUGCACUCAAGACCUGGUUGAAGAGAGAGGUGACCCAGCCCAACAGCGAGGUCCCCGACAACAUCAAGCCCCAUCAUCUCAUCAAGGAGCUCACCAAGGAAAUCCGACACCUGGAGGAGGAUCCGAGCAACGGCGCCGGCGUCAAGCCGCUCAAAUCUCAGGGAAGCGUCUGCGGAGGGUCCAGCGGCUGCCCGUCCACUCGCACCACCCUGGAGCGUCUGUGCCAAGCGCGGCAAGCCCGGCGCGCCGCCCGCCGCCUGCAGGAGCAGCAGCAGCGGCAGGCCACCCGGACGUCCUCCAACCUGGACAUCCUGGAGAGACACACCAGGGAGGUGCUGAGGAGGUUGGAGGUGGGCCCCCUGGAGCAUGAUCCGGCGUUCUGCGCCAAAGUUCGCGGGAAGCUCAACAAGGCCUCGACGGCUUCGGCCGCCGCCGCCGAGUCCCUGGAGGAGAACCACCUCAGACUCAUGCUGGUCAACGGCAGGAUCAUUCGGGAUAUGAGGCGGCCAACGGCGUGCCCGAUCAAAACGGAGUCCGCCGACAACAAGAGCACCGACGUCAAGUCAGACCGGAUGAAUCGAGGGCCGCACGCCGACGCUCACAAAAUCAUCGCGAGUGUGGAGAGAGUGAAGACCGAACUCAGGGAAGACGCGUCGGGACACUCGUCAUCGUCAGACGACGAUUCGGACAGCGAUGCCCCCGCGCAGCGCAAAGCGUCUCCGCUCUCGUCCUCUUCCGACGAGGACUCUGAGGAGGAGGAGCAAAGGCAGAAAGGACACACCAUCGAGCUGGACCCGUCUCACCAGAAGCCACUCAAACGAGAACGCCCUACCUCACCCAGCACGGAAGAAGCCAUUCAGGGGAUGUUGUCCAUGGCCGGCCUGCUGUGCCCCGCCAUGCCGGAGAAGGCGGCGUCGCCUCCGGAGCCCUGGUGGUCCUCCGGUCCUGCGGAGCAGCGGGGCCCGGCGCCCCACCAGCAGGGGGACGCCAGUCCCAUGGACAGCCAAGGCAACAGCAGCGAGGCCUGGGACAAUCAGGGCCUGACCAGCCCGGAGCACGACUACCAGUACUGUGACCCCGACAUGUCGCCGCCCCUGCACCCCUCCAAGAGACACGCCCCCAACCCCCCGCCCAUCAGCAAUCAAGCCACAAAAGGCAAGCGUCCCAAAAAAGGCAUGGCCACCGCCAAGCAGAGACUGGGCAAGAUUUUGAAAAUUAACAGACACAGUCGUGUUUUUGUCUGAGGAAAAGGAAAGAAAACAAGACGCUUUUUAUUUUUAUUACUAUUCGGACACUCUUGUGCUUUUUUGGAAACGAGACGAGGUGAAGAGGACGGACAAAAGGGGUCACACUACAAGCACACUAACCAUGAAGCAAAAUGGAGGAAAGGAGCGAGCGAGUGCGGGCAUUAAAAUGGAGAACGACAAUGAGGUUUACCAAACAAUUGCUUUUUUUGGGCAGAUUUCAAAAAUGGUGCUCAUGCUUUCUAAGACUCACCAGCAAUAAAGACUUAAAGGGUGGCAGCUUUUUUUUUUUUUUCUUUUUCUUCCACCUUUUUCCAAUUUUCUUUGCUUUUUCUACAAGUUUAUCGCUGCCCCCUGUUGGUUUGAAUAGGAAUCUUUACCCCCCAAACUCAUGGAUAUUCUGCUUAAUUUAUUUCUCCUUGUAUCUGAGAUUUUCUUUUGGUGUAUUUAUUAACGAAGAGAUACGAUUUUAUUAUAUUUUGGACGUCCUUUGUUUUGAUUUUUUUGUAAAUGUGGUGUGUUUGCUUUUGUGUGCUUGUCAUCUUGCGUAGCAACUGAUUUACUAAUUGUUAAUUCUUCUCUCCGUAGCUGGUGUUUUUAUUUUGUCCUUGGUGGUUUCCUUGGCUGUGUGCGACUAGAACGGGUCCCCCCCCCCCCCCCCCCUCUCCUUUUUUUUUUUUUUUACUUUUCAUCCUCAAUCCACUCGCGCCACUUAGUAUUCUGAGCCACUGUGGUGCCGGGAGGUUGCGAGGAGCUGGAAAAUAGUGCAGAAUUUUGCAGUUGUUGACUCUCAGGGAAUGAUGCCAUGAACAGAACCUUUGAUAAAAGCACCAGCCACGUCACAGAUGCAGAUGUUUUCACCUUCUCCUGUUGUUUUAGCUUCCUGCCCGUCGCCCGCUUUCGAAAAACACUGCUCAGUGUUCUGGAGUCAUCGGAAAAAGAUGCCAAGUAGCUUUAAGCUCUGCUCAGGUUGACGUGCACACGACUCACGAGCGACUGUCAUCGCUCGUAUUCGCGGUUGCUCACGUAGCCUCCGCUGCCACGUUCCUUCCCAUGCUGUCUUUUUUUUUUUUCUCCCCCCCCCUUCUCUCUUUUGCAUUUGUGUUCAAGUGUGUUGGUCUCCCCAAUUGCUUACAUUCUGAACAACAUGAUACAAACACUGGCAAGCUCAGACACUGUUGAUGCGUUUUUGUUUCUGCGUUUCGAAAAAGUGUGUAAAUAAAAUGAGGAAAGUGAAAA